CAACCGAACCACACCGACCUUGCGCCAUCAUGUUAAAAGGUGAAGAACGGUUUUUGCAAGCGUGCAAGAGCGCUAACUUCUGCGUACGUCUUCAUAAUACGCUAUACGCCAUGCUUGGUCCUCAGUGUGGGUGAUCCAAGCUGGGCGCCAUCGCUAACAAAGAGGUGGCUAUGACAGCGAAAACGGUUGAAGAAGUUUAGGGGGUCUUGAGGAGAUCACACUUCUCUGGUCGUCAGCCAUCCGUCAUCUCUAUUCGCUAACCACACACCAGGACAAUGCCUUUCACCAGACACAUAGUCAACGGAUUCCGGUACCAAGUGGCAGUGAACGAACAUGGUCGGAACGUACUGGCUGAGGUUCUGAAGUGGACAUACAAAGGAGGAAACCUGAGCGUUAAAAAGUACUUCGAAACACAGAGGGGUACAAAUAGGAAAUUCAAAGAUAUGUUUAAUAGUGAACAACGUGAUAUACUAAAUAAAGAAACUCCAUAUCUGCUAAACGCUGGUGCAACCUUUCAGGGAUAUGACCUUUCUCUCCUUUAUACCAUUCUUCGGAAUUUUUGUGGGCUGGAAGAACCCAACUCAGACGUAUGGAAGAAUCCUGCUUCGGGGAAAAGGCUGGAAUACCUUAUAUGUAGGCUAAAGCAGGAGCGUAACGACAUUGCACAUAUAAAAGUUAUCAAAGAAUUAACUGAUGAAGAGAUUAUAAAGAAGCUGAAAUGGCUGAAGUGCCUAUUAUCAAGAAUUGUUAGAACAGCCGGCACCAUUUCUGGGAAGCAACCACACAUCCCACGUACUGUAAUCGAGGGGAUCAAACGGGAGUUUAAGCAACUAUUAACAAAGGUACGGGAGCCAUUAGAUCCUUACGACCACUCAUUGCUACCACAACUACAAGAAGAUCUUAUGAUCUUUCGUAAUAUUAUCGAAGAGCAAGUCAAAGAAGACAGCUGUGUAGAACUGCGCAAGCUUUACCCUGACCUAUGGGAUGUUACCCUUGCGAAGUGGCUGUACCCAGAUCUGACAGUGCGCCCAAGCCUAAAUUUUACCAAUUUGAUCAUCAAAGAAGACACGACACGUUCCUUGCCCCUGGACGCACACCCUCGAACCAUAUCCCACGAGGAUAUUCUUCAAGUAACGCGCAGAAAUGGCGAUCUGCCUGAAGUGCUGAUUAUAUCAGGUGAAGGAGGUGUGGGGAAAACCACCCUCCUUAAAUUCCUGAUUGAAACUUGGGUGGAACAAACAAUGCAAAUCAAAGGACUUGAAAAUGUUUCACAUCUGAUUUACUUUCAGCUUCGAGGAUCUAACAUCAGCAGUUUUAGGGACUUGUUAAAGAUUUUGCUUCCAGACACUUUUAAGGAAUCCGGAGUUAAGAUAGAGUAUUUUGAAGACUUCUUCUUGAAUUUCAGUGUAGUCUUUCUUCUGGAUGGUUAUGAUGAAGCAAACGAAAAUUCAAAGAAACUUGUCAAUGACCUACUAAAGUUUCAAAGAAGUAAUAUGCGUUUUGUGAUAACUACCAGGCCAGGCUGCUUGACCGAUCUGAUUCCCAUUGCAGAGCAAAGAAAGAAGGUAAUGAACAUUGAAAUCAAGGGAAUACAUAGGAAAGACCGCAUGUCUUUUGUUGAAAGAACAUUAUCUGGGAUUGAACCUAAACCAGACCACAUAGAUGACUUGAAGAUUAAUAUCAUUGCAAAUCUUGAGACCUUACAUAUGGACUUGGAUGAGCUGGACGUCCCUCUGACAAUAACACUUGUGAUUAUUCGUGAGUUGAAAAAUCCCGCCGAACGCUCUACAGAUAUCUAUGAGGAUUUAACAGUCCUCAUGAUGGGCAAAAUCACAGAGAGAUUAGCAGUACAAGAGUAUUCUGAUGCUGCAAGCAAGGUCAAAAAAUAUUUCACUGCCUUGAAGAAAGUGUCCCUUCGUGGUCUGAAAAGAAAAGAACAUGAUCUGUUGCCAGAUACAAUAGAGGAAUUGGAAAAAGAGUGUGAAAAGCUGGAAGUGCCACACAUAGACAUGUUAUCUGGAUUUUUCAGUUCAAAGAGAACCUGGGACGGUACCUCAUUUGAACAGACUUGGUCCUUCCCACACAAUAAGUUCCAAGAACACUGGGCAGCUGGAUUUGUUGUCACACAAUUUUCAGAUUGGAAAUUAGAAAAAAUUAGAGAGCCACUCAAAGAAGAGGUUGGAUGUUUAGUAGAUCACCCUUACAUGAAAUUGUUCUUUGAAGACUCUGAAGAAGCGAGGCAAUUUUUGGAAGACAGUGCAAGUGAUAAGGAAGAGAUGUUCAUCGAUUUAAUGUGCAAAGUAGUAGGUUUUGUGAUGAAGAGUCAAAAACCACUGAUUAAGCGAUAUCUCCCUGCACUCACUAGUCUUCUUCUAUACAGCAAAUGCUCUCGUCCAGUAAAAAGAAGGAGAUGUAACAAAUUGUGCAAAUUACUGCGAGCAUCAGGGAAUGCAACAAAUAUGUUAGAGUUAUGCAUUAGUGCACUGCAAGACAUCGAUAGCACUGACAUAUUAGGAAGCCUCUAUAAAGAAAUAGUAGCAAUAACAGACCAUCUUAGGCCUCAACAUGUCAUUCGGACAACGGAAGACGAAGAGGAAGAUGAACCUGAAGACGACCAUAAAUGUGAUGUGGAGUUUGCUUUCCACCAGCUGGUCAAGCGAAAUGUCGAAAUCGUGACACAGGAGAAAGUUAAACAUGAAACAGUCCCAAAACUAAUAGAUUUUGCACAAAAUACCUUUUGUUCCAUCCAGAAGAUUAUGGAACCAGAAUCAACAUCUGAAGGAAUCCACGAAUUGGCAUCAAGUUUGCCUAAAUUACUAGAUGCAUUUAAAUAAUAUUCAACGAUCAGUCUAAUGCUGGAUAAUUGA